UGAAGGCAUCCUGGGAUGUGUUUUAUACAGACUGUUCCCUCUGAGUGUGGAAGCAUCCCAGCUCCAGAGUCCAGCAGACUCAAAACCAAGCCCGACCAGCUGCAAGAGCCGGCAACAUUCGGCCUCAAAACACAGACAACAAUAAUGAUGAUGCAGUCGGGCCUGGGUGACGUGACAAAACAGAGGAUGUUACAGGCACAAGCCCUUGCUAAUGAAGCCAGAGGAGGCCUGAACCUGGGGAAAAAGAUCAGCGUUCCAAAAGACGUGAUGAUGGAGGAGCUCAACCUUCCCUCCAAUCGCGGCUCUCGCAUGUUUCAGGAGAGACAGAGGAGAGUAGAUAAGUUCACUCUGGAGAACGUCACCUCUGGACCUCAUUACACCAAUGUUCACCUCGAGGCCAGUCCUCCCCAGCAGACAGUGGUGCAGCCGCAGGGAGGAAAAGAAAACCAAGCUGUCUCCAUCCCCGGUAAGCACAGUCUGGUCAUGAACCUUCAGAAGACUGUAGCAAAGAAGGGCAGUCCCGGUGUCCUGGCUCCAGGAUAUUCUGGACCUUUGAAGGAAAUUCCCCAUGAGAAGUUUAACACAACCAUAAUCCCCAAAUCUUACUGCUCCCCAUGGAGGGAAGCUUUGGGAGGCAAUGAGGAGCUUUUGGGUCUCCUAAACACACAGCUGCCACAGCCCCCACAAAAACUACAGCCUGCCAACUACAGGUGUUUUAACAGGUCUCCGAUGCCAUUUGGGGGCUCUACGGCAAGCAGGAGAGUGAUCCCAGUCAUUUCCUUUGAGGCAGUGGCGUCCCAGAACCUUCCCAACGUCUCUAUGGACCACAUGUGUCGACGGCCCAACUUCAACAGAGCUCCCAGGGGAUGGGGAGGGAACUACAGCCCGGAAUCAAAUGAACUAUGAAGACGACGAGUCGAUAAGCCAAAGACUCAAGCCCCGCCCUCUCCUCCUACAAAGUUGAUACCUGUUUUUUCCUCUUGGGAGAACAAAUAGGAAUAACGGCAAUACCAAUCUUCCACACAUUAAGAGAACUGGACUGAGUAAGCCCUUCCCCCUCGUGUUCCAAAUAGGAAGUAUCCGCUAGUUUCAAAAAAACAAAAUCCCAUAUUUUUUGAGAAAUAAACAGCUAUUACUCAGUAAUUCAAUUUGUCAGAGUAACCAUUCUGGUUCUUUCUACCUUUUUUUUUACAUGUUCUUACUAGUCCUUAAUUUUUCACGAUAUAAUUUUCUUCAUUGCAAGUUUUUUUAAAUAAUAAACUGACCAAUCAGAUGCUUCAAUGCAAGUAUGUGCUUCCUAUUGGCCUCCACCUUCAAUG